CACUGCAUAUACAUAAUGAGAGAGCAAAAAUGGAAAAUGUUACUUGGCAUUGUGUUGUGUCUCUGUAUUAGAAGUCACUUAUCGUUUACAUAUACUGUUCAGUAAAGAGGCCAACAGCUAUUGCAAGGAUACCCGUCAUCAUUGACCCUAGUUAUUAACAGUGUGAUAAAUAUCUUCAAACAAAUUAGCUAGUAACAAAGAUUUAGGAUUAUCGGUGUCACCGGAAAUGACGUCAGUUAACACUCAGGCGCACCUAAUACAUGAUUCGGGUGGUUGGUUUGACAAUCAUACGAGUUGCAGACAUACACAUAUAAAAAAUUAUCUUGUGAAUGACAACAUUACAGUCGAGAGAAUGCCGUUCACAACUACUGGAGACGAUGAUUCGACAUAUAUGGAAGAAUACGGAGGUAAUGCAACCGAACGAAAUGUGAGAAUCGAGAUAUCUAUGAAGUCCGAAGAAGAUUUCGACUCAUUAGUAUCUGAAAUGUCAUUUGAGAAUGGCGGAGACGCACGAGACAGCACAAACGAAGCCUUUGACUAUUCUGAAUCUGAAUGUUAUGAAAACGAUAGGGCAACUAUUUGUGAAACAGAUGAGAUUGAAUAUCAGUCGGAUCCGACAGGAUAUGACGCAGUAGCGAUUGACAUCCCUUACAAUAGUGAUAUUGGAGGGAAUAGGCCCGACCAGAACUCAAAUGUUUCCAGUCAUUGCAUUAAAAACAAUAUCAAGAAUUUUCCGAAAUACAAGAAAAUUUUGAACUCUUGUCUGCCAGUGAAAGAAUGUUACAAUUCUGAAAUUGUCACAAACAGUGGUAACAUACACCUUUCUCGUGAAGAUAAACAAAGGAAUGUUGUCAUGAAUAGUCAUCAGGACGCACUCGAUGCUAAUGGUGACAAAGUUCACGUAAAUGAUGACGAUUUUAACUCUGGACAAUUCACAGCGGAAAAGGAAACAGACAACAGCUGGGAAAGCAACAAUGCACACUAUUAUCUAUCGUGUUCAUCAAUUGGUGAUAACACGUAUACAAGGGAUAGUGGAUUACAUACAUGUGAUGAGAAAAAGGCAGGCCAUAUGCAUAUUACAGAACUUUCCAUAAAGAAUAAUAUAGAACCUUCUAUUGAAAAUGAACACAUUGAAGAUGAAGACAAUACAAUGUCGUUAAAAGAGGACGCUAGACUAAGAAAUAUGUAUACAUAUAACUGGACGCAAGGUUUACCACAAAGUGAACUAUUCCAAACAGAGGUGGCUAUAAGUGAUGUGACAAAUCUACAUGAAGAGUGCAAUAAUUCAGCCGACGAAACUGCCGUAGAGGGAUCUGGUUUAAGUGGAUCCAGUUCACCAAACACGAUGGAAUCUGAGUGUUUUUUUUCGCCCGUUGAUGAAAUGCGACACGACAUGCGAAAGUUCUCUUGCUGUUCGAUAUCCUCCAUAUCGUCCUUGUCAAUUGCCGAAUUUCUUCUGGGGCCAUAUUCUAAAAGCUCAACCCCAAAUAUAUCUCUGCCACAGACACGACAAGCUUCGAUAGAGGAGAUGGAAGAGCUUUCUCACUCCAGGCGAUCGUCCUUAUCAUAUGCAGUAUACUCCAGAAGAUCUUCUUUAACAAAUGCAUCGUGUGGAGUUCUUCCAAAUUUCUCUCGACGAUCUUCCCAAUCUAGCGUUGGUCCUUCUCGACCAACAUCUCCUUUUCUCGAAGAACAUUCACUAUCUGCAGUAACCGAGAUUUCAAGCAAAGCGUCAACUCUUUCACAGAUAUCGUCCAUGUCUGUCGAUUCAGAGCCGGCUUUCCUUCUCAAGAAAUCCUCAAUUGUGGAUCGACGUAUCUCUGAUGCGUCCGAAAUUUCCUCAAUAUCUCUUUCUGGUAUAUUUGGCGAACGAGAGUCAAUGUUCACGAGUCCUUUCGACCAAAUGGACGAUAAAGAAAGAAAUGAUAGACCCUCGCCGUCACCGUUCGGCGAUCAGUUAAAAUAUUUCCAGGACAAAAAGAAGAAGGAGAUGUUUUUGGUGAAAGCCACAACGGCCCGCUUGGGUCUGAAUACUAGAAGGAAGAGUUACAGUCUGUGGAGGAAGGAAAACCUCGACAACAAAGGCAAACCAUUGUUGAUGAAACCGGAAAUCAAUGUUGGCCAAAAGACGGAUGUAUUUACAAAGGAAAGAGUUACUGCUAUCAAUAUGGCGAUAGAUUGGGUUCGAGAGGAAUUGCAUCAACUCAGAGAACAGGAUGAGUCGCUAGCCCAUCAGCUUCUAGACAUUAGACGAACAAUACACGAACUUAAGUUGGACUGGAGCUGUGAAAACCAUAGGGAAAUGCUGAUGGAAGCAGAAGACGAAAUCAAAGAAAAUAGGAACCUCAAACGCGUAAGUGAUCUUCCGGAACAUCAUACACUCGACUGCAUAUUGCGAGACAAGGGUAUGACGAGGAUAAAACGUGGAGAUCGAAAAUAUUCUAUAUUCUAGGAGCAUGAAAUACGAAAUCUUCUAUCAUCCACUGCCUAGGCAAUCCAACGAAGCAAUUAGGAAUUUUUCGGAAGACGAGAGUUUCGUUAAGACUGUUUAUAUACUAAGGUAAACAUUUAAAGUGUACUGCACACUUUGUACUCAUUAGUUUUUAAUCAUUUGAUUCAUUUUCUUCUGUUGUUUUUUAUAUAGCAGAUUUUUCGAAACACAUUUUAAUUAGCGUAGAACGCACACAAUGCAACGUCAUAUUUAUAUGUGGUUAUGAUGAGAUCACAGAAACCUCAACCUUUUCCCAGCUGAAAAAUAGACAUACGACAGGCAACACGGCAGGAUAUCCAAAUGUCACACAAAGGAAUGUCAAGGAGUAAGAUGUCAUAGUGCUUCAUGAUGUAAAAUUUUAUUAAAUGUUUUUUAACAAGUCAUUUUGUUAAAACUUUAA